GCGCUUGGCCGACAUGGGUGAGAUUACCGCGCAGAUGUCAGACGAGGCCAUCGAGGACAUGUUAUCCACCAUCGUCCCGUGGAAGGUCGGCAGCGAGGAGGAGGGAGACGAAUUCGACCGCACGUUCGACCCGAUGAAGCCCUGUCUCUACAUGACAGAGGGUAGCAACAUGGAGAAGUCGAUCAAGAUGAGGGACCAUCUGCUGAACUAUUGCCUCGUCCCUUUGAUCACUUCAGGGCCCGCCGCCAUCGAUGCGAUCCUCAGGUUUUGUGCGCGAGCCCAGCGCACCUUCGCGAGGAAGCCAGACUCUUUGGAUGAGAACUUCCUGGCGGUCAUCCUCCAGUUCAUGCGCGUGGUGAGGGCGCUGACGACCAUCUGCAAGCCCGUGGACACCUCUCACUUGGCCGACGCUCUCGCCCUAGUGACCCCCAGCGCAGUGAUGAAGAGCGCUGAUGAGGGCAGCGCCACUAUCAUGGAGACCGUCGGUUCGGUAUUGGUCGGCACGACUGGGUGGAACGAGAUUGUAUCAGAUAUCAAAAGUAAGGCCGACAGCACCAAGAAGACCUUGCCCACGUACACGGCGUACGUCAAGGACCUGAAGAGUUACACCACUGACAAGGACGUGCCAGACGCGACCACCCUAUCUACCAUGCUCGACGGCUGCACCGACUUGAUCAGCUCGCUCCGUGAAGGCAUGGCGACCUACCUCAAAGGUUUGAUCGCUGGCGCGCUGAACAAGUUCAUGGAUAAAGCUAUCCAGGAGGGGCAGCACUCCGAGGGUAGCGGCAGCGCUGCCGUUCAGGAGGCGCCUGUGGAUUGGUCCGUCGUGGAGGCGCUCAACACGAAGGCGAACGGCAUCCUGGAGUACGCAAUCUUCCCAGCCGCCAAGUAUAAGCCUCAGAUCGAGGCACUGGGCCUCGCGAGCAAGGCAGCUGGAGCCAAGCACGCGUUCGACCGAGCAGUGCAGGCCAUCGACCCCACGUGGAUUGAGACUGCCAUUGCCUCCAGCUGCGACGCCUUCGUCCAGAUCGUCGAGUCGGUCACCCCCUACGUCAAAUAUAUGGACAUCAACGUGAACGAGAAGCUGCGCGAGGUGCUCACCGUUGUGGACAAGCCUGAUCACUGGACGACAGACGGUGCCAAGCAGUUGAUCGGUGCCUGCUUGACGAUAUGCGGCUUCGACCUCAAAUUCAAGGUGGAGAAGAGCAUCACUAGCGGGUUCCAGGUGUUCGGAAAAACUCUCGACUUGCUUUCGAAGCUGGCUGAGUACGAGGGCUUGGGUGGCGACACGGCUGCUCGCGUGAAGUCGGCCGCGGCGAUGCGGACUCUGCAGGCCAUGGCUUCCAGCAUGCAGUGCGUGAAGGGAGAGCUCGACAACAUGGCCAAUCCGAAUACAAGCCAAGCGUUCGUGGUCCACAUGACGUGCGAGGAGGAGCUGCAGGCGGCAGGUGCUCUGAUCCUAGAGGUAAAAGCCACGGAGAUGACGGCCAAGAUCGCGAAGAUCGACGAUGUGCUCAAUGACAUUGACAACGAUAAGGGCCGCUGGACCGACAAGCUCAAGGGCGAUAUGAAGAAGGACUACGCCUUGGCCAGGAAGACGCUAUUCAAGGUGGAUGGCAAGCUGAUUGAGGACCUGCUGAUGGAGGUCACCGCGAUGGCUCAGGCUUUGAGUGCUGCGCACGACCUCUUCGGCAGGCCCGAGCCCGAGAAGCUCACGAAGAUGGUGGAGAGCGGUUCCAAGAAGGCAGCCCGCUGCCUCGUGGAGGCGAAGCUCUUCCUGGGCUACGAGACGUUCAAGAACGAUGAGGUGCAGAUCCACAAGUUCGGCAAGAAGAUCGAGAAGGAGCUCAAGGAGUACUCCAUUCGCGGCGUGGUGGUGGGCAUGACGCUCGCCGAGCCGCUCCAGGAGUGGAUCAAGAGCGUCGUGGACAUGGCCUAA